AUGAUUGGGUGGUUCACGUUUUUUCGAGAACAUGGCGCUCCGACGUUUUACGGAGAGAAUCGAACGCCAGUGAUGCUUGACACUCAUAUUGUCGGCUUGUGUUCCAUUUUCAUCAUUCCAUCAUUAACAUUCCUCAUUAUUCUGCCCGGUGUUCGAAAGCACCGACUUUCAUCUACGUUCUCGUUUUUCUUCAAUAUGUUCGUUGGAGCGACAUUAUUAGCGAACGCCACACAAGAAAGUGAAAAUUUUGUCGUCGGUGAGGGUCUGCUGUACAACGAAAGAUUUGGUUUUUCAGAAGUUAACAAAAUGGAAAAAGAGCUAUCGAACGCGUUAAUCAAAGGAUUACCGUUUCCGAUCAUUAAGGUAAUCGAAUAUCUUUCCGUCGAUGGUUUCGGAUGGGGUCGACACUAUCGGGUUGCUGGGUACUACACCGCCAGCAUGCUAUGAGGUAGUGCUAUGAGAGCAAAUUAUGAAAUCUCUGUAGAAACUCCCGAUAUUGUUGUUAUAUCACCUAUGACUUGGGAUGCCCGUAGUGGAAUAGUUAGGUCAAUGCUUUUUCUUCCAGCCAUACUGUGUCUGUUAGUGGGUGCCGUCCUAUGGUUUCUGGAAUCGAAGAACAUCUAUCAUUUGGAUACCAUAUUCUCGGCACGUCGUCAUGCUGAAGGCAGUGUAGUCGACGUCUAUCGUGAUGACGAAACCGUGACGACAAUUCUUAGUGAACAGUGUCGGUUCACACCAUCACGUCGCCUUUCUGAUGGUUUAUCGUCGACUCGACGAUGUCCAUCUAUAGCGUCGGAAAUAUUUUUCUCAUCAGAAAGCCCUCUAGUCACGCUUCUUUCGCAUGGUCCGUCCAACACACGAGAUUCCGGCAUGGUUGUUGAUUGA